AAAAAAAUAGAUUUUAUUUAGGAAAUUUAGAAACUAGAAGCCCUAGUUUUCUUCGUCUCUCACAUCUAAUCUCCCUGCCUCCUCCUGCCUCCUCCCUGUCUCUCUCGACUCUCUCUCUCCCCUCUCGACUCCGCCGCCGGCGCCGCUGCCCCGCGCCGGCCCGUCGCCGCCCACCCUUGUCGCUGCGUCGCGCCGCUGCCGCCCACCCUCGUCUCCCUCUUAAUCUCAUCUCUCUCUGACUCAAAUGCACGCACACCACACCGCGCCUGAAAUCCUAGAUCUAUAAUCUACAGCCACCUCCCUGCCGAUUCCCGUCGACCGCACGGCGGGAAGGCCGCCGCUUCCGAGCGCAGCCCAAAGCCCCCUCUUCUCUCCAUACUCCGGCGACAACAGCGGCUCCUUGCCGCCGCCGUGCCCUAGCUUCAAUCCGUCGCUGAACUCCCUCUUUCGGCCGCACCACCUGUCCGACCACCACAGCACCAGCCCAGCCGCCUUCGUCGCAGCGCAACACCACCGCGACCCACUCCAGAACCGCUGCCCCCCACCAUCUCCCGGCAUCUACACAAGGCGGCUUCGUGCGCCACCCAUCGUUCCUAUCAUGAACGACGAGGAAGAGCCACCAGUCGGCGCGAUUUACACCAUACCAACAGCGCCAAACACCUCCUGCCACCGUCUCCCGCCGCCCAGUCACCUUCGCCCUUUUCCUGUCACCACCAUCAGUUUCCAGACACUGCCGCGCGGCCCCAGCUCCAAUCUCAACCCCGCUGUCUGCCGGAGCGAGCCCUGCCCUCCUCCACCGUUCAGGGAAGUUUAUUUCUUCAUUUUUGUGUUGUUCCAAUCAGGACUUAAUUUUUUGCUAAAUUAGGGCUCAAAUCUAGAAAGAGGCUUCCCCAAAUUGAUCUAUAAAAGGAUUUGAACAUAUUGACGCUAUUAAGUCCAGAUUUUUAGAUAUAUUACACUAUUAAAGACUAAGAGAUGAACUAAUUCGAUGCUAUAUGGGAUAAAUGAAAUUUUCUUGCUACAAACACUGGAAAAGUAAUAGUGACAGAUUCUGUAUGUUUAUCAAUGUGGAUUGUUGCUGGUUAAUAGUUUAGAAGUAUAAUCAUCUUCCUUAUAGGAGAUUGUAGUGAUUGCUUUUACAGUGUGAAGUUUCUAUUGUGAAGGGGAUAAAAUGUAGUGCAUGUAGCAGUUGAAACAAUUAUAACUGUUAUUGUGCAUGGAUGAACUUCGAGGAAGUGUGAAUAGAGAACCUUUUCUUUUACAGUGUGAAGUUUUUGAUUGUGGAGAGUGUGCUGGCUUGAGCAGAGGAAUUUGUGAACCGUGAAUGGAGAUUCAGUUUUAACUUUGUAACUGAACUCAUGCUCCAUCUGUUUGACUUCCCUAGCUAGGCAGUAGCCAGCCAAGCUUGUGUGUUGUUGUGGAGAUUCACCGUUUAGAGGAUUCUGGUCUGGCCUUCCGAAGGAAAUGGGUCUGGUUUUGCUAACAUUGUGCUUGCUUGUGGAAUCUACGGUAACAGCUGCCUCUGGCUUGUUGGAGCAUCAAACGGCUUGUGGAAAGUACCAUAUUAGUAACUCGGAUGAUCCUAGCCAUGAACUCUUUUAUAUUGAUGGAAAAUUGGUACAUAGGUAUUUCUUCUGUAAGGCUAUGCGCGACUAUCACGAGAGACAAUGCUUUGUUCAGGAAAAUAUCAGAAAUAAGUAUUGCCAGUCAUUAGAGAAAUUGUCUUUACUGUCUGGCAGAAAAUCCCUUCACGAUGUUGUUAGAGACAGAUAUAGUGAGAUUGAUAAUGAUAAAACAACUUUGGGUGGAAAGGAUAAAUAUGAUAAUCCUGUAUUAAAACCAAAAAUGCUAGCCAUGGCACUACCGGCUUUCUUUCUUUUGUGUUGUACUUUGGUCUGUCCAUGCUUCCAAGCAAAGAAAAAGGAUACGAGUCAUACUGUUCUCUCCAAGGAACCAAAUUCAAGUGAGUUACAUCACCAAUUCCAUUCAGAUGUUUGCAUUUUUUUGUUUGUUUGUUUCUUUUUUAUGUGAGGUUGUUGCCAUGUGCCAUUUUCUUUUGAUAAGCAUAUCUCAGAACCAAGUUCGGUUGAAUUGGACCAUAUGCUAUCUUUUCUAGUAUAAUUGAGUUUGGCGAACUUGCUUCAUUGUGCACUUUCAUAAGUGAUUACUAAAGGAAAAUGGUGUAUGGUUUUCCUCCCACCUCUCCAUAGAGUUUCAUAGCGGAAGCACACAUAGGCACACAUAGGCACACUUAAGGAUUCAAACAUAAUUAUCUAUGAUACGUAUCAUAGUGUGAAUUUGGGCAUUCUUGAGGUAAGAUAGCUAAAUGUUUGAUGCUUAUGUAAUUGAACUCUUGGGAGCGUGGAAUGUGAUUAUAUGAUAGAAAUUGGGGGAUAUUGAGCAUGUUACUAUGUGUUGAGCCAAUUUUGAUUUAUGAAUAAGGGAAGAACGACUUUUAGUAUUGAGUGGAGAACUUGUGGUGAUUGGUUGUGUUAUAACUUGCUUUCUUGGUGUUGAUGAGUUAAAUAUGAUUUAAAUUUCAAGCUAAAACAUGCUAAUGUGUAGUAAGAUGAUGUAUUUGAGAUCUUAUAGCUUUUAUUUGGCCAAAAUAUGAGUUAUAUGUUGAGUUUCAACAGAAACUGUAUUGCUGUCAAGUUUGGCUGGACAAACCAAUGUCUUGUGAGGGAUUUUCGAGAGUGUUCCUAUUGUCCAAAUAACUUGAAAUUUUUACUGUAAUAACUUCAGCAUGAGUAGGAGGUUUCUGUAAAAUUUCAGCUAAAUUGGACAUUGCAUAUGUAUGUUCGUGUUGGUGCAGGGUAAUCUUCUUCUCAUUUUAACA